AUGAUUUGUAUACAUAAUAGUAUUUGUACGGAUUCGAGAAGGUCUUUGGACGCGAAAGGAUACGAUCGAUUACAAUUCGUGGAAGGAGAUAUGACCGUCGCCGGAAAGAAAUACGUAGAUUGUACCGUCCUGGAAACUGAAAGUAUUGCUGACGCAGAAGAUUCUUCUUACGAUAGCGACUACGAAGCUGAAGAUUCAGUGGGAUCUACGAAUAUUCAUUCACAAGUGGAAUUGCAGGUAUCUACGUCAAGUCAUUCAGAUGUGUCCCGGACCGCCUCAGAUACGUUGGCUGCUGAAUUUGCAGAAUAUGUUACAGUGCAAGGAAGUCCACCGGUUCAGAGUCCAGGGUACACUGCCCGAGUAGAAUUCGCCCUUAAGCUUGGCUACACGGAACGUUUGGUUCAAACAGCGCUGGAAAAAUUGGGUCCAGAUCCGGAACAAAACGAACUUUUGGCUGAGUUGAUAAAACUCGGUGCUAGCUGUUCUCAAAAGUCAGUUGAUACGCCAGAGGAGCCUGAUAACGUCGCGGACACUGAUUUAAUGUCCAAUGAAAACAGCGGAUGCUCUAGCAGUCUCAGAUCUGUUGUAAUUGAUGGAAGCAAUGUGGCGAUGAGUCAUGGAAACAAGGAAAUAUUUUCUUGUAGAGGAAUUAAAAUUUGCGUGGAUUGGUUUAAAGCUCGAGGGCACAAAGAAAUUACCGUAUUUGUGCCGAAGUGGCGAAAGGAAACUUCCAGGAUUGAUAAUCCGAUCGCCGACCAAGAAAUUUUGGGAGAAUUGGAAAGGGACCGUUUGUUGGUUUUUACUCCAUCCAGAUUAGUUGGUGGGAAAAGAAUGGUUUGUUACGAUGAUCGCUAUAUUUUGAAACUAGCAGCGGAAAUCGAUGGUAUUGUUGUCAGCAAUGAUAAUUACAGAGAUUUGGCACAGGAAAAUCCGGAAUUUCGAAAAGUUGUGGAAGAAAGAAUUUUGAUGUAUACUUUCGUAAAUGAUCGCUUUAUGCCACCAGACGAUCCACUAGGUAGAAGCGGUCCCACUUUAGACAAUUUUUUGAGAACUUUUCCCAAAAAAUCUGAUCCAGCACCACCUUGUCCAUACGCGAAGAAAUGCACUUAUGGAAAUAAGUGUAAAUUUCGACAUCCAGAAAGAGGUCUUCAUCCUCAAAAAUCAGUUACAGAGAAGUUAGUGGAACAUGUACAAAAGCAGCUUCAAGUAAGAGGUUCAAGUCCAAAUGUAUUUUUAUCCAGCAAUAUAUCGACCAAUGCGUUUCAACAUCAACCGCUUUGUAAAACCAAAUCAACGGUAACUACCAGUAUCCAACCAUUACCUUCGGUUACAAAAAGCAGAUCUGCAGAAAAUGUCACGCUUGAUCAACCAAUGAAUUCCACGAUACAUGGUUUACAAGUGCCACCUACCACAAGUUCUCAAGGUUAUCGUUCUUCCUGUCGAUCGACAGGAAGAUUGAAUAAACCAGAAGCAGAGCCACCAAAUAUACAUAAGAAACUGCAGAGGCAGUUAACUUUAAAUCCAGUGUACGAUCCUCGACUUCACCAGCUGAGACAAUACCAGCAAGCGUCUCAAACAAGUUCAUUAUCGCAACAAACUGCGAUAACAUCUUCUACAGCACAGCACAGAGCCUUAAGUAGACAUUCUAGUAACGAAUCAGCCUACAGAGCUGGCAUGAAUUGGGAUCGUUCUGAAGGAGGGCAGUGUCAUCAACACGUAACACGUAUUGCUUCGGCGCCUGAUUCUUACCAAGCUUGGUUAUCAAAUAAUUCAAACUUGGCUGUACCAUCAGGAUCGAGUCAACGGCUGGGUGCUUCAGAUUCACAGUUAAAUGUCCCUACAUCUCCCUUGUAUUCGGCUAUGCCUACGGAUAUGUUAAGGGAUUUUCUCGAUACCAGAACAAAAAUACAUUACCAUUUGGCAAAUAUCUUUCCCGAAGAACACGUGAGAACUGCUAUGCUAAUUCAUCCAUUUGAAACAGAUCCAAUAGAAAUCUGUGUUGCUAUUUUGAAAAUGUAUCCCCAAUAAUGGAAUAAGAACCAUUUCGUACAUUUAUUUAAUUCAUAUUUAUUAAAUGAAUAUAUCAACAGUUUUAAAAUCUUUCAAGAAUAUUGUAAUAUUCGACUUUAGACCCAGCAUAGACUUUUAUAAACAGAUUAAGCAAAUAUUUGUUAUACAAUUAAUACUUUUUCAAAUAUCUCUAUACUCUAUUUAUUUUUCAAGAAGAGGAAUAAUCGUAUUGGAAAGGAAUUGAAAACCCCGCUACAAUAACGAAACUCUUUAACUUUUAAUUUUCAUGUUUUAACCAAUUCCAAUAAAAAGUUGUUGAUGGGUAUAACACUCGUCAAGAUUGCAAAGCUGUUCUGCAUGUAAUUAAAACUAUUUCCAUCAUGUAUGUACUGAAAUUUGUUUACAAACGUGGAAAGGGUAGAAAUGUAAGGAUAGUAAUUUAAAUUUUACACAAUUUUACUUAUUUAUAGCAAUAAUGUAGUUUUUAAAUUAGAUUAAGAGAAAACUAUCAGUAAAACACAAAAAUUUAUAACUUUGUAACAUAGAGCGUUAAAAAUACUUAGUGUUUUAAACAUAUUUCCAUAUUAUCAUUCAACAAUUAACCGUAUAUGCAAAUUCGAAGUAAUAAGUUAUAAUCCAGAGAACCAAAUUCAACACUUUAGGUUAUGUUCUAUAGUAAUUACCAAGUUGAUGAUCUGAGAGUAUUUAUUACACCUUUUAUCUCUUUUUUGUGUAAUAGUACAUGUAACCGUGUACUUGCACUAAUAAACCAUUCCUAUCUUUAUACUUAUUGAGAAAACAAAGUAUAUUUAUUUUGAAUAAAAUUGCUCGUUUUUUAUUAUAA